AUGCUUUGGACUGUGGACUGUCAUAGUAACAAACCCCAGGAGCAGCCCCUUGCCAGGAUGUCCUGUGGCUUUGCUGGGAUGUCACAGGAUGGUCAGUGAUAAACCCGUGCUCCAGCCCCAGGGCUGGACUGUGGACAGAGGAGCAGCACUGUAAUGUUUAGAAUGAAAGUUCUGUUUCACACCCCUCUGGAGCAGGAGCCUUCUCAUGCCAGCCAAAGCCCAAAUUCCCUCCUCAGCCAGGAUGGGGGUAGGGAGGGGGUCCCAGAGACCCUGCUAAGCCCCUGAAAAAACACACUAGGAAACCUGAGACUCCCACCUGGCCCUGGCCUGGGACCAGCCUGCCAGCUUUCCUCUUCUGAACUCUUAAAAUAAUCCCUGUCUCCCUGAAGUGCCAGAAGUGUUUGUAACAGCCUGACUCCGAGAGCUGCUGAAGGGAAUGGGAAGGAAAGGGGUGAGGGAACAGCAGAUAUGGCCACCCUGCAGCUCUCCAGCUCUCUUGGAAAGAAUAAAGUGCUGAAGCUCACACUGCCCAUGUCCCACUGCCUCCAUCCCCUUGUGCCAGGAUCUGCCGUGCUCCAGGGCCAUGGAGGAGCAGGUGCAGCAGGAGAUGCCAUCAGCCCAGCACACAGGUCAGUCUUUGGCCAUGAGGCUCCAGAGAUGAGAUCAUGCCAGACUCUUCCCAGGCUAGAGGAGCCCACUGGGACCUGUCAGGCUGUCCUCAGCUGCUCAUUCAGUCCAAAAGCACUUAGAGAUGUCAUUAAUAUCUCUUGGCGAUGGUUUUCCACAGGAGGCCACCACCCCAUGCAGGAGGGAGAGGUGUUCAACACGCAAUACCAGGUGCUGCACAAGCUGGGACGUGGCGCCUUUGCCACUGUCUGGCUGUGCCAGGACAUGAGGAGGCAGAAGCAGGUAGCUGUGAAGGUUCUGAAAAGCAGGGAAGGCUUUGCUGACACUGCCCAGGAUGAGGUUGCUUUCCUCCGCUGUGUAAACUGCAUGAAGAAGAAGGACCUGGCAGGAGAAAACAUUGUCUGUUUGUUAGAUGACUUCAGGAUGAUUGGAGAGAAUGGUUUCCAUGCGUGCCUGGUAUUUGAGGUGCUGGGUCCUUCCAUUCGAUGUCUGAUGGGAAACUACAGAGCCCAGGGACUGCCCUUGCCUUUUGUGAAGAAGUCUUUACAGCAGGUGCUGGCAGGGCUGCACUUCCUGCACGAGUGCUGCCGCAUCAUCCACGCAGACAUCAAACCGGAGAACAUCCUGCUCUGUGGGCACAGCAAACGGCUCCAAAGGCUUCUCAUGGCUACGCUCCACUGCGACCAGGGAACAGAAGGAAAGCUAAAGGGAGCAGGAGGUGAUCUUGGCAAUCAGUUGGAAGAAUCUGACUUAAUGAGCAUAGAGGUGAAAAUUGCAGAUCUAGGAAGCGCAUGCUGGACAUACAAGCCUUUUUCCAAGGAGAUACAGACCCAGCCGUACCGUGCCCUGGAAGUGCUUCUUGGAUUGGACUACGGCACUCCUGCGGAUAUCUGGAGUACAGCCUGCCUGGCAUUUGAAAUGGCAACUGGAGAGUGUCUAUUUGAUCCUCAACCCGGGAAAUACUUCUCCAGAGAUGAUGAUCAUGUUGCUCGUAUUAUUGAACUCUUGGGAAGAAUUCCUUCUCAAACUGUUUUCUCAUGGAAUAAGUCAACACAAUUUUUCAGCAAGCCAGGCGCGCUCCUGCGGCUCUCCCGGCUCUGUCCCCGCAGCCUCCCCGGCAUCCUGGCGGACCGGCACGGCUGGACACGGCAGGAGGCGGCCGCCUUCGCCGCCUUCCUGCUGCCCGCGCUGCACUACGCGCCCGAGCGCCGCGCCAGCGCCGCGCAGAGCCUGCGGCACGCCUGGAUCGCCGCGCCGUGAUCCGGCCCGGCCGCCCCGCCGCAGCCACCGCCCCGCCCUCCCGCGGGGGCGGCGGGCCGGGCCGGGCCGGGCCGGGCCGGCUCUCACGGCGGGGGCGGCCGCCCGCCCGCACCUCCCGUGCGCCACCUCUGCCCAGCGACCCCGGGGCGGGGCGGCGGCUGCGCAGCCCCCGGGAUGAUCCCGCGGCUCCCCCGCGCCCGGGCUCCACUCCCUUCCUCCCGCGUCCCCGCAGCUCUGCGGACCGCACGCGUCGCUCACUGCGGGCAGCCGCGGUACG